AUGGGCAAGCCGAUCGCAGCUCCACCAAUUGCGCCCCAUGUCUUGCUUGGGGGCCGCCAUCGCUUGGGCCAGAAAUUGGGCAGUGGCUCGUUCGGGGGCGCCUUCGUGGGCGUCCAAGCGAGCACCAGCGAGGACUUUGCUGUGAAGCUUGAGAGCUUGAAAGCCAAGCGCCCACUGUUGAUGUACGAAGCUCGGCUGCUCGGGCAUCUACAAGGGAUGCCCGGCGUCCCUAAUGUACGCUAUUUCGGCGCGGACGGUGACUACACUGUCAUGCUGAUGGACCUCCUCGGGCCGUCUCUAGAAGACCUGUUCAACAUGUGCGGGCGCAACGAUGUAUACCUGAUCGACUUCGGCCUCGCUAAAACGUAUUGUGACCCGAAGACGCAGGGGCAGUUACCCUAUGGCGAGGGUAACGGCUUUGUGGGUACAUCCCGCUACUCUUCCAUCAACGCACAGAUGGGUAUUGAGCAGAGCCGCCGUGACGACCUCCUGGCCAUAGGCUGCACACUCAUGUACUUCAUACGAAACGACAGGAUGGUCUUGGAAUGCAAGAGGUCUACGCCCAUUGAGACGCUUUGCCUCGGCUAUCCGGCGACCUUUGCCGCGUACAUUAGCUACUGCCAGACGCUCGGGUUCCACGACAGGCCAAACUACGCGUACUUGCGGCGGCUCUUCAGGGACCUCUUCGUGCGCGAGGGCUUAAUUAGGGACGGCAUGAUCGACUGGACGCAUUCCAGCCAGAAG